AUGAAUACCAUGAAUAAUAUAUUAUCAAAGGAAAAGUACAGCCAAGAAAAACAUGACUAUCCGACAAGCCAGAGAGCCGAUUCAUUUGCUGUAGAGGAGCCACUCCACCCGUCUACCAAACGAGAUCUCAAUGCACGCCACGCGCUCUUCAUUGCCUGGGGUGGCACUGUUGGUACUGGCCUUUUCAUCACCACUGGCAAGGCUCUUGCGACCGGUGGACCAGCAUUCCUCGUCGGGAGCUACGUCUUUGCGUCUAUCUUGGUGUACUUCAUCCUUACGGGAGUUACCGAGAUGGCCACGUUUCUCCCCGUUCGCGGAGGCUCCAUGAGUCGGUACGGAGGCCGCUUUGUGUCCAGGAGUCUCGGUUUUGCCAUGGGUUGGCUCUAUGUCUACUCUUUCGCCAUACUGGUUCCCUUCGAGCUCACGGCAUGCGCUAUCCUCAUAGACUUUUGGCAACCCGGUAUCAACAGCGCGGUUUGGAUCACCAUUCUGCUGGUCUUGUUGGUCAUUCUUAAUGUCUUGCCAGUACGAUUCUACGGCGAAGCGGAAUUCAUCUUCACUGGUGUCAAACUGGCCACCAUCAUCGGCCUGCUUCUUCUGUCAUUUAUCUUGUUCUGGGGUGGUGGUCCUGACAAGAACAGACUCGGGUUCCACUACUGGAAAGACCCUGGUGCCGCGAAUACUUUGAUACUGGAAGGUGACGCUGGAAGACUCAUUGCCGCCAUCGCGACUGUCAUCAGCUGCAUCAUGCCCUUCACCUUUACACCCGAGAUGGUGGUUGGAACAGCAGCCGAGAUCAAAGAGCCGAGGAAAAAUGUACCAAGGGUCGCAAAACAUUUUACCUGGCGCUUGGUUGUUCUUUUUCGUUGGCAGCGUCGUCGGCAUUUCGGUCAUCUGCCCCUCUAA